CUCUCUCUCUCUUACUUUUUCAUUAUUCUUCUUCCUCCAUGGCUACUCCAAAACAUUCUUCUUCUUCUUCUCCAUCUUCAUUUACAUCCCACUUCAUAAUAGUAUUAGCCAUUAUAUUACUACAAUAUUCCGGCAACAUAGUUACAGUUUCAUCGGUUUUGCUCGUCGGUCUGAAAAACCACAACAACAACAAUGUACACCAUAGAAGACCAAUGCUUCAAGCAAACCAGAGCUCCUGCGCUCUGUUCAUGGGCAACUGGGUACACGACGACACCUAUCAACCCUACCAAUACUCCUGCCCCAUCAUCGACCCAGAAUUCAACUGCCAGAUGUACGGCCGUCCCGACACCGAUUACCUCAAGUUCCGCUGGCAGCCUGCCAAUUGCCAAAUCCCCAGGUUCAAUGGGGGUGAGUUUGCAGCGAGAAUGAGGGGGAAGAGCGUGAUGUUUGUGGGGGACUCGUUGGGGAGGAACCAAUGGGAGUCGUUGAUUUGCAUGAUAUCGGCGGGGCUGCCGGCGGCGUCGCCGACGCAGAUUAUCAGAGGGGACCCACUCUCCGUAUUCAAGUUCUUGGAAUAUGGGAUUACGGUGUCGUUUUACAGGGCGCCGUACCUUGUCGACAUAGAUUCCGUGCAGGGGAAGAGAGUGCUCCGAUUGGGCGAUAUUCGGGGGAAUGGGAAUGCUUGGACCGGUGUUGAUGUUCUUUCUUUCAACACCGGCCAUUGGUGGACUCACAAAGGUGCCCUCCAAGGGUGGGAUUAUAUGGAUGUAGAUGGAACACUGUACCAAGAUAUGGAUAGGUUGGUGGCAAUGGAGAGAGGGAUGAGAACAUGGGCAAAUUGGGUAGAUUCAAAUAUUGACACAACUAGAUGCAGAGUUUUUUUCCAGGGCAUUUCUCCCACUCACUACAAUCCAAGUGAGUGGAAUGCAGGGUCGGUAUCAACAGCGAAAAGCUGCUACGGAGAAACGAUGCCGACGACCGGUUCAACGGGUUACCCGGGUAUAUACCCUGAUCAGAUGAAGGUGGUGCAGGUGGUCCUAUCUUCAAUGAAUAAGCCUCCAUUCUUGCUGGAUAUUACUUUGCUAUCUGCUAUGAGAAAAGAUGCACAUCCAUCAAUCUACAGUGGAGAUCUAACGGCUGAGCAAAGAGCUAAUCCUGACCAUUCAGCUGAUUGCAGCCAUUGGUGCCUGCCCGGACUGCCCGAUACUUGGAACCAGUUAUUCUACACUGCCCUCUUCUUUCUACACUAGUAUACACUUUUUUCUUUGUUACUUUUUUUUUUUUAUGUCCCUUUUAUGUUUAAUUAUAUUAAUAAUCCAUCAAUA